AUGGGUUUCACUUUCACCACCGAAUGCAUCCGAUGCCAAGAGUUGGUUAAGAUCAACAACAAGUGUAAAUGCGGGGCUGUGACCCGCAUUUCCGAUGUGAACCCCGAGCACCCCAAGUACGGGAAGAAGGAGCCGGAGCCUAAGGAGCCUAAGGAGCCGCGGGGCAAGAAGAAGGAGGCAGAGACUAAGAAAACUCCCAAGGAGACGAAGGACAAGAAGGAAAAGAAGUAA